AUGGUGCCGCCUAUUGUCACGCUGCAAGACAAGGUGAUGCUGGUGGAUGACCGGCUCGACAGACGCCCUGGAAGCCACUCACUGGGAUGUACAAACCACGUAUUCAGAGAUGCAAUCAUCGAGGCCAUCAAUGUCUUCGCCGAUUGCAUCUCUGAAUACAUUGGGUUCUGCAUGGACAACUCCAUCCCCACUAAAGAGGUCCACUGCUACCCAAACAACAUACCAUGGGUAACCAGUGACCCCAAGGCCCUACUCAAUAAGAAAAAUAGGGCCCUUAGUUCAGGGGAUUGUGCAGAGCUCAAGCAUAUUAAGAGAGAACUUAAACACGGCAUCAGGGAGAGUAAGGACAACUAUAAGAGAAAACUGGAAGACGAACUGGAAAACAACAACACCAGGGACAUAUGGGUUGGGAGGAGGGAGAUCACCAACUUACAGAGGAAAGGUGGAGGAACAGCUUAUGGAAAUGAACAACAAGCUAAUGAGUUCAACCAGUUUCUCAACAGGUUUGACUCCAGCUCCCCCACCCUCAUCUCCUCAGGACACCACCUGCAGCUGAACGUGGCGAAGACGAAAGAGAUGGUGAUGGACUUCAGGAGGAACAAGCCCCUGCAUUCUCCAGUCUGCAUCAGUGGGACUGACGUUGACAGUGUGGAUUCAUACAAAUACCUGGGUGGGAUGCUGGACGAUAAACUGGAGCAGACUCCAAACAUGGAGGCAGUUUACAAUAGGGGCCUGAAAUACGCACCGCCUCAGGACGCCAGCCCCUGCACUAAGCGUUUAUCAGAAAUCGAGCGGCAGUGGAUGCACUGCUUCGGCAGAUCCGUGGAACUUUUUUUGUCGGCAGAUUACAAGCUCCCAGAGGAUGCUUUCAACUGGUGGAAGCGUUUACAGCUUGAGCGGCGCAACUUCAGUGCCUACAGUGAGACAGUGGGCAGGCUGUUUGAGAUGAUCCCACCCAGUCCAGGUCUGAGCGAGCCCCGCCCCGGCAGCUGCAGGACGUGUUCUCUGGUGGGGAAUUCUGUUAAACUGAAAGGAUCGAAUUAUGGACCUGAAAUAGAUUCUCACGACAUUGUCAUAAGAAUGAACCAUGGUCGUACCAAAGGCUAUGAAGUGGACGUCGGGACCAGAACAACUCAUCACAUCAUGUAUCCAGAGAGUGCCGUGGACUUGGAUAACACCACUCACCUCGUGCUGGUGCCUUUUAAGAUACAGGAUCUUGAGUGGCUCAUGAAGGCCUUCACCACAGGGUUUCAUGGAACGUCUUAUGUGCCAGUAAAAUCACAUAUCGCAGCUAACAAGGAGAUGGUGAUGGUGGUGAAUCCAGCUUUUAUGAGGUGUGUUCAUGACAGCUGGCUGUCAAAGAAUGGCCAUUAUCCCUCUACCGGCUUUAUGGCUUUGAUUCUUGCCCUGCGUAUUUGUGAUGAGGUCCAUGUGUUCGGUUACGGAGCAGACAAUGAUGGAAACUGGAGCCAUUACUGGGAAAAACUCAAAGACAAAAAGUUCAAAACUGGAUUACAUCCUGGAACUCAUGAGUACAGUAUCAUCCAGAAGCUAGCGGAGAAACAAAUACUCAAGUUUUAUGAAGGGCGCUGAUGUUUCUCUCGUAAAUUGUGCAAAAUCCUGAUAGGAGAGACUCAAAAGCUCCUUUUAAAAAGCUUCAGUUAAAACAAUUUUUUUAUUUAAUCUUUUUUUUUUUUUUUUUUUUACGGUGCAUCUUAUCAGAUCUGUUUUUGCAUGUCUGCUAGACACCCAUCUGCCAGUUUUAGAAAGCUUAAGUUUAAAUGGAAACACAUUUGUUCGUGGUGCUUCUUUUCAGAUCAGUUUUUGCAUGUCUGAUAGAGACCCAAAAGCUUCAGUUUGGCAUCUUCACUUCAAAGAUUUUGAGGGCUUCAGUUUUGCAUCUUAUCAGAUCUGUUUUUGUGUUGUAUAAUAUAUGAAAAACCUUUCAGCUUGAAAAAACAGGCAGCCACCUUUGCAAGAGCGGUACAUUAUUUGCAUAUAUCCCUGGCUGGUAGUCAUGCUGUGACUUGACUUUAUAUUGUAUAUGGUAACUAAUAACUUUAUGGAUUCAGGGUAAAAAAACAAAAAUGGUUUGGUCCUCUUAUUUAGUACAUAAAUUGCUCACAUGCAGGGAAAAAAAAAGGUCUUGCUUAGCCAUUUUACAGCUUUUCAGUCCCAUUUAUGUACUUCAGUUUUUUUUUUUUAGGAGAAUUCUGCAACGUUGUUUUGCCGUGAAGCUCCAGAAGUGUUUCGUGGACUAUCAAACUUCACCCCGCUUUCCAUCAGCAUGGGCUGCAUCAGAAAUGUUUUGGCCAAACUUAACCUGUAAAGUGUAUAAAGUUAUGC